AUGGGCCACAUAAAUGAGACUCUAAAGGGCGCAUUUUUGAGGUGUAAUUAUGCUAUACAUUGGUUUAGUUCGUAUGUAAAAGUAAGUGAAAAGGCGAAAGAAGUCGCAUUUGUGUCAUUUCAGCACAAAAAGAAUGCUGCAUGA